CUAGCUUGUCGGUUUACGCAGUGUUCGUUGCUGUGGUUUUGUCAGCUCGGGCAGAGCUGUCAUAUUUGCAAGCUAACGUAUUAGCAACUGUCUUGUCAUGUCAAGAGCAAUCUGUCCCCUCACAACAUAGGGCUGUUAACGAGGUCAUUUCUUCGCAUAUCCACCUUUGGGUAAGGUUAGAGGAUAUAAGUCUGGGCAGAGAGCAGAAGAGUGAGAUGAAAUGACAACGUCAACAUUACAGAAAGCGAUUGAUCUUGUGACCAAAGCCACAGAGGAAGACAAGGCAAAGAAUUAUGAGGAGGCCUUGCGUCUGUACCAGCAUGCUGUGGAAUAUUUCCUACAUGCCAUCAAAUAUGAGGCCCACAGUGAUAAGGCAAAGGAGAGUAUACGAGCAAAGUGUAUGCAGUACCUGGACCGAGCGGAGAAACUCAAGGACUAUCUGAAAAAUAAAGACAAACAGGGCAAAAAGCCUGUUAAAGAGGCACAAAGCAAUGACAAGAGUGAUAGUGACAGCGAGGGUGAAAACCCAGAGAAGAAGAAACUGCAGGAGCAACUUAUGGGGGCUAUUGUAAUGGAGAAGCCAAAUGUCAGGUGGAACGAUGUGGCUGGACUGGAGGGAGCUAAGGAAGCUCUGAAGGAAGCUGUAAUCCUGCCCAUCAAGUUCCCUCACCUCUUCACAGGCAAGCGGACUCCGUGGAGAGGCAUCCUUCUGUUUGGUCCUCCGGGGACGGGGAAGUCCUACCUGGCGAAGGCUGUGGCCACCGAGGCCAAUAACUCCACCUUCUUCUCCGUGUCCUCCUCAGACCUCAUGUCCAAGUGGCUGGGAGAGAGUGAGAAACUGGUGAAGAACUUAUUUGACCUGGCUCGCCAGCACAAACCUUCAAUCAUCUUCAUCGAUGAGGUGGACUCGCUGUGCGGAUCAAGGAAUGAGAAUGAGAGUGAGGCCGCCCGCCGCAUCAAGACAGAGUUCUUGGUCCAGAUGCAAGGUGUGGGAAACAACAACGAUGGAAUCUUAGUGCUGGGGGCCACCAACAUCCCCUGGGUGCUAGACGCUGCCAUCCGCAGAAGAUUUGAGAAGCGUAUCUACAUCCCUCUCCCAGAGGAGCCAGCUCGGUCUCAGAUGUUUCGUCUCCAUCUGGGCAACACACCACACAGCCUGAGCGAGGCCGACCUGCGGCAGCUUGCCCGCAAAACAGAUGGCUACUCCGGCGCCGACAUCAGCAUCAUCGUGCGGGAUGCGCUCAUGCAGCCCGUUAGGAAGGUCCAGUCUGCUACGCACUUCAAAAAGGUUCGUGGCCCAUCCCGAAGCAACAUCCAGGUGAUGGUGGAUGACCUCUUGACUCCAUGUUCCCCUGGUGACCCUGCAGCCAUAGAGAUGACCUGGAUGGACGUGCCUAGUGAUAAGCUACUGGAGCCCAUAGUCUGCAUGUCAGACAUGCUGCGCUCUCUGUCCACCACCCGUCCCACAGUCAACACUGAAGAUCUGCUGAAGGUCAAGAAGUUCACAGAGGACUUUGGGAUGGAGGGCUGAGAGACAGAGCGCCAUCUUAACCUGCCCCACCUCCUCUCCCCUGUCUACCAGAAGGGUCAAACUGCUCCCAUCCACACUCACCCCACCCAGUAACUGCUCUACCAUCCUAUAGGCUUCCAUCUCUCAGCUGAGCGCUUGGUUCACUGCCUCUUAUGGAUUUCAAAAUAAACCACUGGUCUGUUGGAACAACAAACGAAAUCCAGGCCAGUAUUUUUGAAUGCUCCGAUAAAGUUGACCAAAUGCUACAAUAGAACAUUUUGGUGUGAUUUGGUAGUUGGACAGUAGAGCCCAUGUCUUUCCCCCCCAUUUCUGUUACAAAGCAGCCGCUACAGCAUAUUCACUACAAGAACUUCUCGUCUAACCUGCAUCGUUGUGAGGAAAGCUGAAUUGAACUGAAUGAAGUUUGUCCCUCUCUGAGCCGAUUCUAUCUGACUGAAAGACUGUAUAUUUUGUUGCCGUCGUGCACUUGGAACGCAAUGAAGGACAGUUAUGUUUGAAGAAGACACAAAAUAAGAAGACAGUUCUCCUGCCAGGCAUGUGAGUGUGUGGAUGCAUCUAAGUGUUUUUAUUAAAACAUGUGUGUGUUAUUGUAUUUGUCCAUAUGUUGAGAGCCCUGUUAUUUUGUUAUUUGAUGAAGAGUUAAAUUAAUUGACGAUCACUGCUGCCUCCGUGUCCCACUGCAGCUCUCUUUGUGUCUGCGUCAGGCCUGUACCUCAGUGCCAGCAGCAGUCUGAGCAAAGCUUCCAUAUUCAGUAUCUAAUAUGUAAGAGAUGUGCUUGAUCGAGAGCCAAACGCCACAUUUCAUCAGUCCAAAAAAUUUGAAAGCGAAAACCUCAUUGUUAACCCUCUUGUUGCUCUUGAGUGAAGAGUCUCACUAUGAGGCAACUAUUCUGGAGCUUCUCAUGAUCUUCCUCAGCAGAUGGAGUUUGUGUGUCUGUCCUGUUCAAAUUCCCAAUUUCUUGGGGCCUUUCGCUGAUGUUGGCUUAAUAGCUGAGGUUUAAAGUUUACAUUUAACCUUGAAAACAGCAGGUGGUCCAUUAAGAAACAGUUCUGGAGGUUUCAGUUGUAUAACGGGAUGUUCGUGAUCACAGUUCAUAAGUCAGCUCAAUGAGUUCUAUGGAGUGUUCCCACCAAAUUAAAAAUCUACACAUCUGCAAUUCUGGGCCAAAUCUUGAUCACUUUGCAUUUUUAAUUGGCCGAUGAUGAUCAUGUGGGUGGCUAUAGCUCAGGGGUAGAGCCAGUGUCUUGUUAUCAUAAGGUUGCUGGUUUGAUUCCCCUGGUCUGCAUGUCAGUGUGUCCUUGUGUAAGAUACUGAACCCCCAAACACUUGUAAUGUGAUUUCUUUCUGGAUUUGCUUUUAUUGAGGU